AUGGACGACGGUGAGUGCUGGAUGGACGGCGAGGAUGCAGCGGAAGAAGAAUUGCGACUACUGGAAGCGAUGGCUAAUGUGUCUACAUCAAUGCAACAGUUCAAUCAGGUGCUUACGAAGCUUAAUCAACAGACGGUGGAGCUCUCCAAGGAGCUAGGAACAGCAGAGAGACAGCUGAAUGCCCUGUACUUGCCCUUUCAAGCAGCAAUAUAUGAAAUGCAGAGCUCAAGUAACGACCAGAGAAGAACGACACUAUCGGUGCCUACGGUGAAUUCGGUAUCGACUCCUGAAGCUCAACGGACAGACCUUUGA